UGUUACUGCUGCAGCCGCCGCUUUACAAGCGCAGAAAAGCAAGCAAGACGAUGCCGAAGAUAUUGAUCAGAGGCGGAAGAGUUGUGAACGCGGACUGUUCACAAAUUGCUGAUGUGUACGUGGAGGAUGGAGUAAUUCGGAAGGUGGGGUCGCAUCUCCAGCUGUCAUCCCUAGCAGGGAUCCAAGUGAUAGAUGCCUCCAGCAAACUGGUUCUGCCUGGCGGGAUUGAUCCCCACACGCACCUGCAGUUCCCCUUCAUGGGCACGCGCUCGAAAGACGACUUCUAUCAAGGAACAAAGGCUGCCCUAGCAGGAGGCACGACAAUGAUAAUUGACUUUGCAAUACCUCCAAAAGGCUGUUCCCUCAUUGAAGCCUAUGAGAAAUGGAGAAGCUGGGCGGAUCCCAAAGUCUGCUGUGAUUAUGCAUUGCAUGUGGCAGUCACAUGGUGGAGUGACAAGGUGAGAGAAGAGAUGAACAUUCUUGCCCAGGAAAGAGGUGUCAAUUCCUUUAAGAUGUUUAUGGCAUAUAAAGGUCUCUAUAUGGUUGGAGAUCUAGAGCUGCACUCUGCCUUUUCUCAAUGCAAACAAAUUGGUGCUAUUGCUCAAGUCCAUGCAGAGAAUGGGGAUUUGAUUGCAGAGGGGGCAAAGAAGCUAUUAGCCCUUGGAAUAACUGGUCCAGAAGGGCAUGAACUGUGUCGCCCAGAAGAAGUAGAAGCUGAAGCCACGUUGAGAUCAAUCACUAUAGCAAACUCAGUAAAUUGCCCUCUUUAUGUAGUUCAUGUGAUGAGCAAGUCUGCUGCCAAGGUGAUAGCGGAUGCACGAAGGCAAGGGAGAAUUGUAUAUGGCGAGCCUAUAGCUGCCAGUCUUGGAACAGAUGGCACUCACUACUGGCAUAAGGAAUGGCACCAUGCUGCAGCACAUGUCAUGGGCCCACCACUAAGGCCAGAUCCUGCCACUCCAGACUUCUUGAUGAACCUUCUAGCAAAUGGCGACUUGACCGUGACAGGGACGGAUAACUGCACCUUUGACAUCUGCCAGAAGGCUUUAGGGAAGGAUGAUUUCACCAAGAUCCCAAAUGGGGUGAAUGGUGUGGAGGACAGAAUGUCAGUUAUAUGGGAAAAAGGAGUGCAUAGUGGCAAAAUGGAUGAAAACAGGUUUGUUGCAGUCACCAGCACAAAUGCAGCUAAAAUCUUUAAUCUGUACCCAAGGAAGGGAAGAAUAGCAGUGGGCUCUGAUGCUGACAUUGUCAUUUGGGACCCAAAAGCUACAAGGACAAUCUCAGCAAAGACUCAUCAUCAUGCCAUCGACUCCAAUAUAUUUGAAGGCAUGGUCUGUCACGGGGUACCAGUUGUGACCAUUUCACAGGGCAAAGUGGCUUAUCAAAGUGGAGUCUUCCAUGUCACAGCAGGAGAGGGGCGAUAUAUUCCUCGUGAACCAUUUCCUGAAUAUGUCUACAAACGGAUCAGGCAGCGGGAUCAGGUCUGCCAGCCUGUUCCUGUCAAGCGAGCACCAUAUGUGGGCAAAGUGAUUUCACUUGCUGCAGAAGGAAAAUAAAUCUCAUGAUCCAGUUCAUCUUUAGCAGGUCGAAACCAGAUGAAAAUAAUUGUUUGCCCUGCUUCUGCAAUCUGUUUUGGAACCCUGUUAGCCUGCAAUUUUGAUUUCAAUCGUUGAAGAUUUCUGAAUGAUUUAUCAGCCUUAGAAAACAGCUGAGAUUAUCUUAAUACAUAAAUGACUUUCUCUCUCUCUCUGCAGUUUUGACCACUGCUACUUCUUUUGAAAACUUAGAGGAAAAAACUAUUUUCACUGAGGAUUUUCCUGGAGCAGGUAGUAACAGUGCUACCUGGUGUAUGGUAGUAACAUGCAAAUAUUUUCUGAGGUCCAUCGUGAUUUUAUGUGAGGACACAAGGACGUUGCUACACCCCAAUCCAUAUUUGCAUUAUGUGUUGAUGUAAUUCUCAAAUGAAGACAUCAAAACUGAAAUGAGUUAUUGGAUCAGCCUUGCAUCAGAAAUUUCAAUGCAUCUUAUUUUGAUAAAGCUAUUACACACUUGCAUGCUGACAGCUAGGGAUGGGAGAGAAUAUCUGCUAAAUCGGACUUAGUGUGUUGUUGUUAUGUGCCUUCAAGUCGAUUACGACUUGUGACGACCCUAUGAAUCAGUGACCUCCAAGAGCAUCUGUCGUGAACCACCCUGUUCAGAACUUGUAAGUUCAGGUCUGUGGCUUCCUUUAUGGAAUCAAUCCAUCUCUUGUUUGGCCUUCCUCUUUUUCUACUCCCUUCUGUUUUUCCCAGCAUUAUGGUCUUUUCUAGUGAAUCGUGUCUUCUCAUUAUGUGUCCAAAGUAUGAUAACCUCAGUUUCAUCAUUUUAGCUUCUAGUGACAGUUCUGGUUUAAUUUGUUCUAACACCCAAUUAUUUGUCUUUUUCGCAGUCCAUGGUAUGCGCAAAGCUCAUCUCCAACACCACAUUUCAAAUGAGUUGAUUUUUCUCUUAUCCGCCUUUUUCACUGUCCAACUUUUGCAUCCAUACAUAGAGAUUGAGAAUACCAUGGUCUGAAUGAUCCUGACUUUGGUGUUCAGUGAUACAUCUUUGCAUUUGAGGACUUUUUCUAGUUCUCUCACAGUUGCCUCCUCCCCCCAGUCCUAGCCGCCUUCUGACUUCUUGACUAUUGUCUCCAUUUUGGUUAAUGACUGUGCCGAGGUAUCCUUGACAAGUUCAAUCUCCUCAUUGUCAGCUUCAAAGUUACAUAAAUCUUCUGUUGUCAUUACUUUAGUCUUUUUGACAUUCAGCUGCAGUCCUGCUUUUGUGUUUUCCUCUAACUUUCCUCAGCAUUCGUUUAAAAUCAUUACUGGUUUCUGCUAGUAGUACUGGAUUUCAACUCAAUCCGACAGUCCACUGUCUUUUCAGACCGGCACUGAUUUCUUGCAGCGGGUCAUGGCUGUGACCAGCAUGGAUUUUUUUAAAAAAUCCGCUCCAAAUUUUACAUUAUUAUCUUUGUAAUUCGCUUUCUUCUAAGUUGUUGCAUUCUUAACGGCUGUCUAUGUGAUAAUGGUCACCAUUUACAUCUAUGAACCUCUCUCCAAUUUGGAAGUUUGGACUUCUACUGGAAGAAAGGGUGGGAUAUAAAUCUAAUAAAUAAAUAAAUAAUUUUUGUUAAUUCUCAGAAA